AUGUCUUCGCCUGACUGGGGAGAAAUUAGAACACAUUUUGUAAAUAUGAAUGUGAAAUAUAUUACAAAAUGCUGCUUUCUGACAUUUCUUUUUAUUUUGGCAGGACAACCAUUAUCUCACAAUCCAGCUGUCCCUCUGGAAGAAGAAAUAUGGCUGAAUGAUUACAUGAAAGAUGGAAGAGAACCAGUGUCAUUUGAUCGGGCAAUAUACAUUUUGAGAAGAAAGUUGUUUCCAUUUAUGCAUGAUCCACAUCCUUGGGUAAAAGGUACAUAAUUUACAUAAUUUUGUAAGGUACAUAAUUUUUACAUCAUAACAAGUUUAGCAGUCAUGUUUUUUUCAAAUUCAUUCUUCAUUAAGGCAUGUACAAGAUCAAUUAGGCUUUGGCUGUCAAUUUCUUUGUUAUGGUUGUAUGUUAGUAAACUAUUUGUUUCCAUGUGAAAUUUAUAGGAAGACCUGAAACAACUGGAGAAAUUUUAAAACCAAUAUUGGCAAUAUUUCUCUACCGGAAAAGGAUAGAUGAUCUUAAGCAUCACGUCACUGAUCCAGCUGACUUUAGCAAGAAUUUGUACCAGCCUGAGAAAGACAUAAAUGGAGAACGAAUCCACCAUUCAGAAGACCACAAUCAUCUUCUGAAACGCAUUGUGUCACAUCCUCAUGGAGGUCAUAUCUCUGGCAUUGAUUUACAGCAUUUCAGAGAUGCUUUGCAUCACCCCACAAAAGGCUCAACAUAUGAGGCACUCACAGGAAAGAACAGGCAAUCAGUUCCAGACUGUGAGCACCUUAUUAAUCCUGGGGUCAUUGCAUUUCUGGAACGGAAUGGCCAUGUCAAAGAUGCCAAUGUUGUCAAACCAGCAGCGGAUCCAGACUGUAGCAACUGUAGCAAAUGCCACAGUCAGAUUUUCCUGCAAAAUUGUUUUUAAUUAAUGUGGUGAUAGUAAAAAUUCUAUAGAAGUUUUCCAGAAGUUUUCUCUAUCUCAAAAAAAUUAACUUUCGCAGCUUCGACCAGAUGUCCGUAUGUAUUUUGUGAGCUACGAAUAUUAA